AUGGCUCUGUGGGCUCGGGAGGGCUCCCGCUGGCGCUGCCUGCUGCAAACGGCCCCUGCUGCUGGAUGUCCUCGGAGGCUGAGGGGCCGCAGCAGCGGCACCGCACAGGCGUGUCGUGGGUUCGCCCCUCUGGCUCUGCUGCCCUCUAGAAAUGACGUUCUUCCGUGGAGAUUGCAGGCGUGCAGGCAUGCAUCCGUAGGAAGCUGUUCUCCGCCUGGCAGUGCCAAGGAUGGAUCCUUUUCUUCUCCUGAAAGUAACUUGCCUUCACCAGUAAAACAGAAACAAGCAAAAGCUGAAACAUUACCUGACCUGAAUGCAAAAAUACUGUAUGAAGACUGGGAUGACAUCCCACCUUCAUCUGCUUUGGAGGAGAUUUCUGAGGAAGAAGCUGUACAGAUCAUUGCAGAACCGCUUCUUCCCCUUCAAUCUUCCACACUCCGAGAUUAUGUUGAUCACUCAGAAACCCUGGCGAAACUUGUCCACCUAG